AUGAAUGUUCACAGCGGCGUCAUGGGGGAUAUGGUAUGGUCUUGUUGCGGGGCAGCUUCAAAAUUCUUGGGAUGCCGUCACUUGACUCAUGUCUAUUUGAGAAUACUAAAAAAAAUGAGUAUUUGCGUGGUCAUUGUCAAGAAUUAUCACCCGGAACCUAGUCAAGGAACAAGAACGUUCACAGCAGGCCGUUCACCGUAUGCCAGUUCUGAAUACCUGACUGGUAACUUUCACAAGUGUGGCCACGAUGCGCUUUCAAUUCUCCGAUUUACACCUAUUGACAGCGUAACUUCGGAUACAUAA